GGGGUAUAAGAUCCCGUUGCGGGCGUCUGUCGCGCAUUAAUCGUUUGGUGUUCGAUCCGGUAUUGUGUGCGGUUGAUAGCAGUAGCUUCAUUACUUGCUCUAACUAUUGACUACCCAAUUUCUACAAGAACGUAAAACACUUCUUCAGACUUCAAAAUGCGUGAAUGUAUCUCAAUCCACGUUGGCCAGGCUGGAGUCCAGAUCGGUAAUGCCUGUUGGGAAUUGUAUUGCCUUGAACAUGGCAUUCAGCCUGAUGGUCAGAUGCCAUCAGACAAAACCAUUGGAGGAGGUGACGACAGUUUCAACACUUUCUUCAGUGAAACUGGUGCCGGAAAACAUGUUCCUAGAGCUGUUUUCAUCGACUUAGAGCCUACAGUAGUCGACGAGGUUCGCACAGGCACCUAUCGUCAGCUUUUCCAUCCUGAACAACUGAUCACAGGCAAAGAAGAUGCUGCGAAUAAUUACGCUCGCGGUCAUUAUACAAUUGGCAAAGAAAUUGUUGACUUAGUUUUGGACCGCAUUCGCAAACUUGCCGAUCAAUGUACGGGACUCCAAGGUUUUCUAAUCUUCCACUCGUUUGGAGGUGGCACCGGUUCUGGCUUCACAUCUUUAUUGAUGGAACGCCUUUCUGUGGAUUAUGGAAAGAAGUCUAAGUUGGAGUUUGCCAUUUACCCAGCACCCCAAGUUUCCACUGCUGUGGUCGAACCCUACAACUCAAUUCUCACCACACAUACCACUCUAGAACAUUCCGAUUGUGCAUUUAUGGUCGACAAUGAGGCUAUUUAUGAUAUCUGUCGCCGUAACUUGGAUAUCGAGAGACCUACGUACACAAAUCUAAACAGACUGAUCGGUCAAAUCGUUUCUUCGAUCACAGCCUCGCUUCGCUUCGAUGGUGCAUUGAACGUUGAUCUGACGGAAUUCCAGACUAACUUAGUACCUUACCCAAGAAUUCAUUUCCCUCUCGUUACCUACGCACCAGUCAUUUCUGCGGAGAAGGCUUAUCACGAGCAGCUUUCCGUUGCGGAAAUAACGAAUGCUUGCUUCGAGCCGGCCAAUCAGAUGGUCAAAUGCGAUCCUCGUCAUGGAAAGUACAUGGCCUGUUGCAUGCUGUACAGAGGAGACGUUGUACCUAAGGAUGUCAAUGCAGCCAUUGCUACUAUCAAGACAAAACGCACUAUCCAAUUCGUCGAUUGGUGUCCAACUGGAUUCAAAGUUGGUAUCAACUAUCAGCCACCUACUGUUGUACCUGGUGGCGAUCUCGCCAAAGUGCAACGAGCUGUUUGCAUGUUGUCCAACACUACCGCUAUCGCAGAAGCGUGGGCUCGUCUUGACCAUAAAUUCGAUUUGAUGUACGCCAAGAGAGCAUUCGUACACUGGUAUGUCGGUGAGGGUAUGGAGGAAGGUGAGUUCUCCGAAGCACGUGAAGAUCUUGCUGCUUUGGAGAAAGAUUACGAGGAGGUUGGUAUGGAUUCCGCCGAGGGCGAAGGAGAGGGAGCCGAAGAAUACUAAACUGACCUUAAUCACGGUUUUUAAACAAGAAACAACAUGAAAUAAACAAGCAAAUUUGCAAA